AUGUCUGCCAAGCUCAACCAGUCUCUUGACGAGAUUCUCUCCACCCAGCGCCGCUCUGCCGGCGGUCGCCGUUCUCAGCGACGAUCCACUGGCGGUCGCCCAGCUGCCGCAGCUCCAGUCGGCGGUGUUCAGAAGACAUCAAAGCCUGCGCGUGCCUCCGCAAACAAGCCUAAUGCCGCCAAGCCCGCGCAAGGCACCGGUGACAGCAAGGUCAUCGUGAGCAACCUGCCCAAGGAUGUCAACGAGCAACAGAUCAAGGAGUACUUCGUCACGUCAGUUGGACCUAUCAAGAGAGUGGAAAUCUCCUACGGACCCAACUCUGUCAGUCGCGGAAUCGCCAACAUUACUUUCCGCGAGCCGGACGGCGCUAGCAAGGCCUUCCAGAAGCUGAACGGUCUUCUCGUCGACAACCGCCCUAUCAAGAUUGAGAUUGUCGUCGGUGCUUCUCAAGCAGCCAACGUCAUCCCGCCCACGAAGUCGCUUGCUGAGCGCACCACUCAGCCCAAGGCUCAACCCAAGUCCGCUGCCAACAACAAGCGCAACACCACCAACGCUGCCAACAAGGGUGCUGCUGCCCCUGGCGCUCGUGGCAAGAAGCCGGAACGCCGUGCACGCACCGGCCGCCCUGCGAAGAAGACAGCGGAGGAGUUGGACUCGGAGAUGGCUGACUACUUCGAGUCCGGCACCAACGCCGCCGGGGAGAACGCUGCUCCCGCUGCUGCGGCUCCGGCUGCGGCCAACGGCGAUGCCCCUAUGGAAGACGAAAUCAUGUAA